AUGUUCGCUUUUAACUCUUUCACGCAGGCGAGUGGCCUCAAGGUUAAUACUACGGAUUACAAGAACAUCACUUUCGCUAAAUCGUUGGGAACCGAUGGCAGAUGCCUUGGGACGUGUAUUUUCUGUCGUUACGUUGAAGCCAUUGAAAAUGUACCUUCUGGUAACAUUUGUAGACUUGCUGGUGUUGAUCAAUUCUUGGUCAAAACUGGUACCAUUACUACGUUUAAAGAUGCACAUAAUAUAAAAGUUAUGAAAUUCUCGGUUUCUCCUGUUGUACGUUUAGCAGUUGAACCCAAGAAUCCGGCAGAUUUGCCAAAAUUGGUUAAAGCUGUGAGACGUCUUGCUAAGUCGGAUCCUAUUGUGCCAUGUAUCAUCGAAGAAUCUAGAGAGCACAUUAUUGCUGGUGCUAGUGAACUUCACCUUGAAAUCUGUUUUAAAGAUCUUGAAGAAGAUCACGCCUGUAUACCAAAUAAAAAGUCUGAUCCUGUCGUAUUAUACAGAGAAUCUAUUGCAGAACAAUUUAAUCAGAUGU